GUCGUUGAGGCUGUAUUGUCCCGGGUUAGGCGUGUUCUGCCGGCCCUCCACCCUUUGUCUCUCACCGCCAUUACACAGUGCUGGUCACCGCUACCGUACCAGUUUUUCUUUCUUAUAAACUCUGCUCGAUUCAUUUCUUUCGUACCUGUAUUUCUACUUUUUGAACCUUAAGAAUGUCCUCCCGUCCGCCUCCCGUUGCAGCUCGUCCGCCUGCCUAUGGAAUGGUUUCACGAGUGUACCAGUCUAGUCUGCGGCCAAUAGUCAUUGUCCUUUCAUUGGUCACUGCUAUCUGGACUCUUGUAUGGGCUAUUGACGUGUUCCGAGAUAUAAACAUCGACAAAGACCAUGGCCAACCUAAAUUGGCAACAUUCGCCAUUGUCCUAGGUACCAUGUAUAUCACAGUAACCGCCAUCGAGGUCUUUGGGAUUGUUGCCGCAGCCACUCAACGUCUGGCGCUUGUCCGCAUCUACUCCAUUACUACUAUUAUCAGCUCUCUUCUGGUUAUCGCAGCUGGUUUUGUGCGAACGAUAACGCAUUUCACGCUGAAGACUGACUUAAUUCAGGAAUGCACUGACCUUUCUACUGGAACCGACAUUGUCUUCAGAUUUGGAAUUUGGGGCCCUCGUGUUCGUGACCAUCUUGAUGCAGAUGAAGCUGCGAGGUUCUGCAGGGAUGCUUGGAGUCAUGAUUCAGUCAACGAGAUCAUCUCUCUGAUCAUUGAGAUCGUUCUGGCUGUGUUCUUCGUCACAAUAUCCUACGCCUACUACCGUCAACUUCUCAACCCUACCCUUGGCCGUAGCAAAGUACAAGCUCCUUCUCAGCAAUUCGAUAGCGGAUACCCGUCGCAUUAUAACCCUCCGUACUUGAACUACGACGCGCCUAUGGCUGGAUCAUACGCACCACCUCCCGGUCCUCCCCCACCCGCUGGUGGUUACGCUCCCGGUUACGAUGCGAUGAAGCCACCAGCCUACUCUGGUUCUGGAAUGCCCGACUAUGGAGAGAGCAAGGACGAUCCGUUCUCAGAUUUCGACGGUCAGGUGAAGAAGGGUCCUCACGCAGAUAGUAGAGAUACACUUGUUUGAGUGGUUGCACUUUGUGAUGUAGCUAUUUACGUGCUAUGUGGAUCUUGUAACAUGUUGCUUUGUCCUUCGGACAAUGGACUUGGCUAGCUAUAACAUAUUUGGUGUAC